AUAGAUUCCCACGUGACCGAAUAACAGUGUAGUGCGUUGCUUGUAAUUUGCAGAGUUCAUCAUUUUUUUUUAAUAAAAAAAUUGAAUCAGCACAUAAUUAAUAAAGUACAAAUUAAAAAAUAAAAAUUAACAAUGAAGACUCCUGAGAAAGAUAAUGGCGAUAAUUCAGAACAAACAAUUAUUUAUUUAAACGAAUUGUGCCGACUGUGCUUGGCUAGAAAGAAAACAAUGGUGCCGAUUCACGAUGGACAUAAUGAUGACGUUCCUAUUCCUGUUAAAUUAAUGGCUUGCGUUAAUUUAGAGGUUUAUAGAGGUGAUGGAUUACCAAGCAAACUAUGUCAGACAUGUAAAGACAACUUGGACCAAUCCUAUCGAUUCCGAAAGAAAUGUCAUGACGCUCACAAAAAAUUGAACAAUCACAAGCAAAUAAUCGCAGAUUUACACGCCGAAAGUGAAGAUAACACCGAUGAGUCUCCCGAGACCCCAGUGACUGAAAAAUCACUUCCAAUUAAACAACAACUCUCUCAAGAAGAUCAGCAGAAAGUAUCAUCGCUUACCAGCGAAGCAUCAACAGCAAAAAAACAAAAUUCUGAAGACAUUUAUAAUUUUAAAUUAGUAGAGAUGAAACGCGAAGAAAGCAUGACAAGAGCGUCAUCUGAUUUAACAGACAUAAUCAGUGACUAUAAUUUAGCGGAUGGAAGUACUUGGGACGGGAAUAAUUACGUUUACACCAUGGAGGUGUCUGAGGAGGGUGGUGCGAAAGCAUCAGGAAGAUUAGAACCGCUUGAAGAGACCACUGUGAGUGAGAAUGGAGAAUUGAAGGUCUUCAAGUGCGACCAGUGUCCCAAAGCAUUUACCAGACGAAUAAUGCUCAAGAGCCAUCAAACUGUUCACUCUACUCAGAGAGGAUUCACCUGUCCAGCUUGCGACAAAUGGUUCCCUACUCGGUCCGCGUUGAUCAGACAUGAGCGCACGCAUACUGGUGAGAAGCCUUUCGGGUGCAAUAUUUGUAAUCGUGCUUUUGCCCAAAAAGAAAUUUUGCUCCGACACUUGAUGACCCACUCGGGACAAAAACCUUACCAGUGUCAGGACUGCGACAAGAGCUUCACUCAACGUGAGGCUUUGAGAGUUCACAUGCGUCGUCACCAAAAACUUGACCCUAAUGACAUUCAACUGCACCACUGUCAACUUUGUCCGAAAGCCUUCUGCUAUGCCUCUGGUCUCAGUCGGCACUUGGUCACUCACACUGGAAGAACUUACAAGUGUAUUGAAUGCGAAAAAUCUUUCACUGACAAAAGCUCUCUGUUGAGACACAGUCGUAUUCAUGCGGCAAUUUAGUUAGAUAAUAUUAUUAUUAAAGUCGAAAUUUUUGCCAAAAAUUACAAUUUUUAAUUAAAA